AUGUCUACCGGACUAAAGUCGGUGGCGUACUUCGUCAACUGGGCGAUCUACGGACGCAACUAUAACCCCCAGGACAUCCCUGCGGACAAGUUGACCCAUAUUCUCUACGCCUUUGCCAAUGUUCGGCCCGAGACUGGCGAAGUCUACCUCUCCGACACCUGGUCGGACAUCGAGAAGCACUAUCCCACCGAUUCGUGGAAUGACGUUGGCACCAACGUCUAUGGAUGCGUCAAGCAGUUGUUCCUGCUCAAGCAGCAGAACCGCAAGCUGAAGGUCCUCCUAUCCAUUGGUGGAUGGACGUACUCGUCCAACUUCCCUGGCGCGGCCGCCUCGGAUGCUAACCGUGCCAAUUUUGCUACGACGGCCACCAAGUUGGUCACGGAUCUUGGGUUCGACGGUAUUGGAUCAAUCCUGUCUUCUUGGUCAGCAUGUAUCGAUAUCGAUUGGGAGUACCCCAAAGACGAUACCGAAGCCCAAAACAUGGUAUCGCUCCUCCAGAAAUGCCGCGAGACGCUGGAUGCUGCAGCAGGUUCUAGUAGGAAGUUCUACCUGACCAUUGCCUGCCCUGCUGGCCCGGCCAAUUACACCAAGCUCAAGCUGUCUCAGAUGACGCAGUAUCUGGACUUCUACAACCUGAUGGCAUACGACUACGCCGGAAGCUGGGACACUGUUGCGGGCCACCAAGCCAACAUCUAUCCUUCCUCCGACAAACCCGCCUCAACUCCGUUCUCGACCAACGAGGCCGUGAAUUACUACACCCAGGUCGGCGGCGUUCCAUCGGCGAAGCUGGUGCUGGGAAUGCCGCUGUACGGGCGCGCCUUUACCAACACCGACGGACCCGGCACGGCUUUUUCAGGCGUCGGCGGGGGAAGCUGGGAGAAUGGCGUCUGGGACUACAAGGCCCUGCCACAGGCUGGGGCCACCGAGAACGUCGAUGCCAGCAUUGGGGCGUCCUGGAGCUACGACUCGAGCGCCCGCACGAUGAUCUCCUACGACACGGUCGCCGUCGGAGCGCAGAAGCUGGCCUACAUUAUUCAGAAGCAGCUCGGUGGCGGGAUGUGGUGGGAGCUGAGCGGCGAUAAGGGAGGCAAGACCGCGAAUAAGUCGGACGGCAGCUUGAUCGGGACCUUCGUCGAAGGCGUGGGCGGGCUUUCGUCGCUGGACCAGUCGCAGAACGCACUGUCUUACCCUGAGAGCAAGUAUGACAAUCUGAAGAAUGGUUUCCAGUGA